CGAAAUUAGAAAAUUGUCUUAAUUUAGCCUCUCGUCCCGACGAGCACUUUGAAAUUGAAGAGGUCUAAUGACAUGUACAAAAAAACCAGUCUUAUUUUUGACAAAAAAGAAAUGGAGUAGUUCAAUGAUCACUGCACUAGAUACUUUUUCCUUUAUCUGUCAUUGCCCAGGUGAGACAUGAGCAAUGCUUCUCUUCCCUUCUUUUUCUUUGCACCUUGCUGAUCCAGCCGGAUUCCCGCCGGGGUCCAACGCAACCGGUGACCGGAAUGCUCUCAUCACCUCUUCGCUGGUCAUACGCAAGCGACAUCACCUGAAAUCCAGGCCGUGUUUGACCAGGACGGGAGCUAUGAAGGGCUGGCAAGAAUAUGACCAAGCCGUGAAGGAUAAAGACCUCACCAGAGCUCUCCGAUUCCUCAAGGAGAUCCCUGUCCAGCCAAAGGAGGAAACUUGGAUGGACCCGAAUGGGUACCCUAGUGAAUUGGAUUGGGCACGGGCCGCUCGGCAAGAGCGCAAUUGGGGGGUUUUGGAUACCUGCUUGAAUGCGGAUGAUAUGAGGCUUGUUGCGAAUGCCUAUGGUUUUCUCAAGGACAGGGAUCUCUUGCCCAAUUUCGGGAAAUGCAGUAGCAUAGUUUUAGAAGGCACAAGAGAUGUAACCCCUACAUUACUGAAGUCUUUGACUGGCUUAGAUGUGAGAAAAAUUUCACCCAAAAAGUGGGGUCUUUCAGGAAGCUCUAGCUUUAUUUUGAUUGCAUUGCUUGGUGGAAUCUCUUUUCUGGUAAAUCAGGGAAUAGAUAUCAGACCUAACAUUGCCACAGUACUGGCCCUGACAAUGCUCGAUGCUAAAUUUCUUGGAGGCUCUUUUUUAGCCCAGAUCUCAAGCUUUUGGCCUCCUUAUAGGCGCCGAAUUUUAGUUCAUGAAGCUGGACAUCUUCUUGUGGCUUACCUCAUGGGUUGUCCAAUUCGUGGUGUUAUUCUAGACCCCAUUGUGGCUUUGCAGAUGGGAAUCCAAGGGCAGGCUGGAACACAAUUCUGGGAUGAAAAACUUGAAAAAGAGCUUGCUGAAGGCCGGUUGAGUGGAACCGCCUUUGACAGGUACUGCAUGGUUCUUUUCGCUGGGAUUGCAGCUGAGGCCCUCGUCUAUGGAGAAGCAGAGGGUGGAGAAAAUGACGAAAAUUUAUUCAGAAACGUCUGCAUGCUUCUUGAUCCACCCCUAUCUGUGGCCCAGAUGUCAAAUCAAGCUAGAUGGUCAGUUAUGCAAUCUUAUAAUCUAUUGAAAUGGCAUAAACAUGCACAUCGAGCUGCUUUUAAAGCUAUGGAGGGUGGACAUAGUUUGAGUGUGAUCAUUAAACGAAUCGAGGAAGCCAUGUCUUCCAGCAGCAGUUGAACUAAGGAAUGCAAGAAAAUACAUGUCAUGCUGGAAAAGGUAAUAUCUCACCCGGGCUUCUAUUUUUCUCAGUAACAUGUAUAUUGAUGGGCACAUAGAUUUGAUACGAAAUCUCUAGACGAGAAUAUGCAGAGUUAGCCUCGAACGACAAGUAACAGAAAAACAAGAAAAUCAGUUUUGUGCUGGUACAAGACUACAAGCUAAGGUACUCUUUACUCUAGACGAGGUUGAACUCAUUGCUGGUAGUACCAGCUUGGCUAGAGCCUAUAUAUAGCAGGAAUAAAUAAAGAAAACAUAACAAAGAUGUAAAAGUUGUUAAGUCAUAUGAACGAUUGAAGAUUAAGAACAACGUUUAUGAAAUGUUGCAAGAAAACAACUCCGUUUUU